UUCAGAAACUCACAGUUCCAUAAUGGUACCGCACCCUUACGAAGAGGAAAAACUAACAACAGCUCAGCAAGCUGAGAUCUGCUAGCAUUGCUUCAUGAUGGACAAAGGUCUGGAAGAGAUGCCCAGGGCUGCCUUUUGCUGCCGACCAAAGCAUUUUUCGUCUAGGAAAGCAAGGAAUCCAACCACAGGAAAAGGAGUUUCUUGGUCCAGUUCCAUGUGAAUGCCAUUUCCCCGCUGCAUCUGGGCGAGACGUUAGGAGUUUUGGGCUCUCCCCGUCGUUUGUUCUUCGCGGCAGGCCAGGAUUGUGUAUCAUGAACAAAUUUAAGCAGAUGGCAAAGGAUCUUGGUACGAACAACCUUGUUCUGCACACCAAGAGAAUGGUGGAUUCCUCCGUCGAAGUCGGCUAUCAAUCUGCGUGUGAUUAUCCUUUGGUACUCGGCGCAGGAAUUUUGUUGCUGCUUCUGCACAGGAUCUGUCCUCCUCUGCUUGCUUUCCUAGUGUCUUCCUCUCCACUCUUGCUGUUAACCGGGCUUCUUCUUGGAGCCCUUUUGAGUUAUGGUGAACCAAGUAGCCCCUCGGUGAUUGGGGAGGAAGCAUCACAGACUUUGUCCGUCAAAUCCGAAGUUUCUGUUGCUGACUGCUCAGUCGAGGGAGAUGAAAAUGUUACUGUCGAGACUCACUCGGAGAAGAGUAGUGCAGGAUUUUAUAUCUCUGAGAGAACCCCUUCUACUUACACACAUGACAUUCACUGGGAAGAAACAAAUGUCACGUUUUUGGCUGCUAAUACUGUUCUUAGCACAGAGUCUACCCAGAUGAGUGUCAUUGCGGGAAGAGAAAUGCAUGUUGAGGAAAUCAGUGAGAAGGCUGAGCUGCAAGAAUUUGAGAGCAGCAAUACUGACAGCGGUAAUUAUGAAGCACACAACAAUUAUCAGUUGGGUGAAUCCAUGAGUCAAUGCUGGAAGUCUGCUGAUAGGCAGGAUCCUUGUUAUGACUCUGAAUCUGAUCUUACUGAUGAAAGUUCUUCUCCUGAUGCAUCGAUAACUGACAUUAUCCCGAUGCUUGAAGAGCUGCACCCACUGAUAGACAUGGGGACAGGUCACCCCGCCUUGGCCUCCAGGGACAACUUGAAUUCUUCAUCAGAUGACGAUGAAUAUGACCUUGAGGAGGAUGACGAUGACACCUCAGACGAUGAAGAUGAAGGCGAGGAAGACGAGAAAGAUGAUGGAAGAAAUCAGGAGGAUGUUAUGGGAAAUAGUAGCAGGGUAGACGGUCUGAUGGAGUUGCAAAGAGCAAAAAAUAUCCUGAAGUUUGAACUUGACCAUAGGCUAAUGGAUUUGCAAACCGCUGACGCAACAGAAAAAUUGAAGGAGGCAUCACGUUUUUAUGUCCAGGUUCCAUCCAUUUCAACACCGAGGGGGAAACCAUUUGAUCCUUCAUGUGUCUUGGACGAAGUGAUUGAGUUACCCCAGAUACCUGAUUCAGCGCCAUCCGUCCUCCUUCCAAGCCAAAACCUAUUUGACGACCAUGACAGUCGAUUGCAAGAAACUUGGACUCCUCGUUUGUACUCUCCAGUAACGCAGCUUAAGCAUGGAAACUUGCAUGGGCGGCACUCUACUAAACCGCAUCACAAUGGCAUGAAAGUGGAGAAAGGUGAUAUCAGUGGAGAAGAUGCUCAUCGUAGUUCCUCAGGCAUUGAUGCUGCUGAGCUAGGGAAGGAUGGCAAGUUAUCACAGGAAGAGCGUGCAGGCGAAGAAAUCAAAAUGCUAAGUGCAGCAAGUUCAGGUGCGGAUGUGUUUAAAUUAGAUAAUGAAAGGCAUGAAGUCAAUAAGAAUGCUGAUUUCAGUGAUGAUGUAAAUUCCUUUUCUAUCACGGAAAAUGGAUCUGGCACUUCAGAAGCAAAGGAUUCAGUUAUUGCAGGUAGUGAGGAAUCGACAUUGUGCUGUCUAUCCAAAGCAAAUAAUUCAGAGCAACAUGUCGUCCAAGCGAAUUCCAUCGAUGAAGUUAACUCUUUAUUCAGGUGCCGCAUGGAAGAAGUACUAGUGCAGUCAGUUUCAGAGCCCAUCAUCGGACAACCCUUGACAGUUAAACUCGAAGAUGAAUUGAGUGACCCGGCGUUAUCUUCAGAUUCUGGGGCGAUUCAAGAAAAACCAGGUGAAGAAGUAUUUCCUGCAGCAGGUGAGAAUAGUCCAGAACUGACAAUUGGAGAUGGAUCCAGAGAACUGUUAACUGUAGAAAAUCAGCAGAUUGCAGAUAAUUCUGGCCUCCAUGUUAUGGAGAUAAUUUCAGCUGAAGAGAUGAAAACACUAUUCAAGCAACUCGAAAAUGUGCCCCAUGAUAGCUCAGGGCACACACUUUCUCAAGAAGAUACCGGGGGAAGUGCUUCUAACAUGCUACCUCUUGAAACAAAGCCCAUUGAAGAAGUCGGGUCCGCUUUAGAGGAGUUAAACUCUGGCCAUAGCAAAAUGGAAACGUCUCAGGAUGGUGAGGGAGAUCUGAAGCCAUUUGAGCUCAACUCUCCCCUGCAGGUUAAGGAGGCCGAAACUCUGGAUCAGGAUUCUCAUUGUGACACACUUGAAACUGGUACUGAAGUAACGAAGCUCGAAGAUUCAGCUGAAAAGCCAAAAUCUGUUGUUGAAGGGAGACAUGAGGAAGAUGCUUGA